AUGUGCAAUGUACAUGCAUUCUACCUAGUAACAACAAAUGUGCUUGCAACGUCUAUCACUCCAGCUCUUGUUGUUAUAACACUCAUUAAAUUGUACGCAAUUACAGCUGAUAUAGUUCUAGCUUAUUUCCCCAUAAAAAGCAAAAAGAGGCUCUCCCACGCCUCCCGCCUCAUCGCGGACAUCAGGCUCGGGGCCGAUCACCUCCUUGAAGCUCUCUUCAUGGCCGGAGACGCCCCUCGGCGAUCCAACAAGACCGCCCAGCUCAUCCUCAAGGAGGAGGCAGCCAUGCAGCAGCACUUUCAGGAUCUCCGGGACCUCGGAAGGCAACUAGAAGAUUCUGGAGUACUAAAUGGGUCUCUUAAAUCACGAGGUAACUCUUGGGGUUUGCAUAUGCCACUUGUUUGCCCUGAUGGUGCUGUUGUUGCUUAUGCUUGGAAACGUCAACUUGCUGGCCAAGCUGGUGCAUCCGCUGUUGACAGAACUAGGUUAGCUCUCAAAGCAUUCACUGACCAGAAGAGGCGGUUUUUCCCUCACCUUGAAGAUGAACCAUUUGGACAAGAAUGUGAAGAGGAGUCGGGUGUGUCCAAGAAGCAUUGCAGUUCUCAGGGGUUGGCCAUGAGUCUCAGGGACAAGUUCAGGGAACAAAAGACAUUGUCUGACAUUCUUACAAACUUGGAACAGGAGGUACAUAACGUGAAGCUUUACACAUAUCAGCGCCUAGAUUGGCUGAAAAGAGCAUCUUCAUUAUCAUCUUCGUCGAUUGAUAAUGCGGGUGACUCAUCGAGAGAAAGCUUCCACAACGCAAAAAGACUAAAAUCAGGUUCCGGGAAUGCUCCUGCGGAUCAAGUAGCUGUUAUCGAGCUACUAGUGCCUUCUGUUUUUAGAGCCGUGGUAUCAUUGCAUCCGGCUGGUUCUAUAAGCCCUGACGCGGUGGCAUUCUUCUCUCCUGAUGAGAGCGGAAACUAUAUUCAUGCACGAGGCUUGUCAAUCUAUCAUGUGUUUAGGCAUGUCACUGAACAUGCUGAUAAGGCGCUGCAGUAUUUCCUGAGUGCUGAGGCUGAUAUUGCACUUUCUCUACUUCUGCAUUGGGUUUGCAGUUAUCAAACACUAUUCUCAAAGGCUUGCUGUAAAUGCAAGCGGCUUCUGGUUAUGGACAAAUCUUCUGCAUUGCUCUUGCCCCCUGUUCAACGCCCCUAUCAGCAAACUUCUGUUACCAAGCUUAACCCCAACCAAUUGUCUUCUUCAGCUAAGGACCUAAGCCAAGAUCAAACACUUGCAUAUCACAUUGGUUGUUCUUUUGAUGAAACCCAGUGAGCGUAGAUGCUUUUGUCGACUAACUUCCUCAACUACAAUCCUUGCUGACCAAUUUUUGUUUUUCUUGUCAGCAAUGCGUCUUUAGUGGUAAGCACCCUCCUAACUUUUUUUGACAUUUGAUGGAGAAGUGUACUUUUCCCAUGUAUUAUAUAUUGUAUGCACUACUCCUGCCUAACGGCAAGACAUGAAUUUGAUAGUCCUAGAUUACUAUUUGAAGUAGGUCUAUUUCUUUUGUUAGAUGAGGUCUUGCUAUUGCCUGCUUUUUUCAUUUGCUUCAUUUACUUUUAUUGUAUGUAAUGCUAGCAAACCAAGCAAGAGCUUUUGUUCACUGCUUAGUUCUGCAGAAUGUGAAUCUGCUCCUGCUAACAUCAUUGGAAUGUUUGGCAUCGUUAUGUAGAAAUAUCUGCGGGAGUACAAAGUUGCCAUUAUAUUAGUUGUUGAAUUAGGGAUAGUUAUCCUGUGCCUGACUUCUAGUGGCGACUAUUUUUACAAGCUCCAAGGUCUGCUCACUUCCUGAAACCAAUUCUUACUCCCAUAUCUAGGAAGUCGAAAAUGAAGUUUGACGUGUGGAUAAUGUAAUGAGCGAAGUUGGUUUUAACUUUGACCCGUUAACUGUUAAAUUUUGAACAGAGCAAGGUUUAUACUCCUUGCGUGAAGAAAGAGGGAAGAAGCUAUUUUGUUGAGAAGUCAAAGACAUGGACACAGUGACUAUAAAUGUUUAUGAAAAGAUUCGUUGCAAAGGAUAUACUUUUUGAAGAUGGUGCAGUAAUUUGAAAAUGGUGAUAUCAAACCGUCUUCCUGCCACAUCAGGUUAGAGUAAGCAUCAUUGUUUUUGUUUUUAGGCCCAAUUGUUUACUCCACUUUAUUUUUAAACCCACCUACUAUUACUUGUAUCUCUAAACCCAACUCUUUUUUUGUAUUUAUCUUUACACCCAAGUAUACUUUCAUAUGUGGGUCCCCUUAAAUAUUUCUCUUAAAUUCCCAUUAUAGCCUUCAUUAAGUGCCCCCCCCUCUCUCUCUCCCUCCCUCCCUCACAAGAACCCGAUCGAGAUUCUCAAUGGCUGGAUCCGCGGCGGCGUAGAAGGCGACGUCGAGGAGCAGCAAGGCCGAGAACAGUGCAAUACCUUCUAGAGUCUAUCCGGCAGUACCUUCUAGAGGACUGCUUGCCACCGCGGCUGACAACAGUGUAGGCUGAUGCGGCAGCUCCCGCAGCGGUGGAGAGGCGCUACAGAGGGGUGAGAUAGCGGCCACGGGGGAAGUUUGCUGCCGAGAUGAGAGAUCCCGGGAAGAAUGGGGCCUGGGUUUGGCUCGGGACGUUCGAGACGGUGGAAGAGGCCGCGAUGGCGUACGACCGGGCGAUGUUUUGGAUGCGAGGGUCGAGUGCCAUACUUAACUUUCCUCAUCUUGUUGGUUCUCAUCAGUGUUGUUGAAAAAAAUAUGUAAGGUUAAGGGUAGAGUUGUGAAAUUUGGAGGAAAUGUUUAACAAAAAAUGAAUGAUGAAUGUUCGGAUGAUAUAUGAGCAAUCCAAUAGGCUAUUGAUUUUUA